AUGAACUGCAUCAAACUUUUGGAGAAAGAAGAACAACGAACGACUAAACUGAACGGCAUUGUAUUCCUUAAAAGAUGCCGGGCAAACAACCUGACCCCACAAGGAAUGAAGAUAAAAAACCAUUGGUGCCAUAUUCCUGGAUCCACCGAUUUACUCAAAAAAGCAGAACAAACCUUGAUGAAACUGCAAAUCCACUUCAAUUUUGUUGAAUUAGAGAAACUGAGAAAAUCGAUCUCAACUAAACAACAACAACUCACAACUCUUCCUCCAACUGUAAAGGAGAAAGUAUCAAAAUACAUGCGUGAUGAUAAAAUGGUUUUCAAUCUACAUACCAAGACCUUACAUACAAAGAAAUUUGACCGUUUACUGAGAGGAACUAUCACAUCAAAUCCCACCAGAUAUCAAACCCCUCCAAACCAAGUAGCUACCCACCAUGACUUCACAAAAAGUAUACGUAAUCUAUCUCAUCGCACGCUAACAGAGGAUGAAACAAAGGCCCUUCAACUUGGUCUAAACUACGCUCUCCCGUAUUUCAAACACAAGGAUCUCAUUAUUGAAGCAGGCAUAAAUAUAGAACUAUGCUUAAGUGACUUUGAAAUUACUGAGGUGCACAGAAACCAAGUUCGGUCCGGAAUUUCCAGAAUAUUACACUCAGAGAUAAAUCAGCCAGACCAAAUCUCCAAAAAUUCUGAGUGGCUGAAACCAAUAUGCAAAAAUCUCAAAGAAGACAAAACUAUCACUAUCGUUCCUGCAGACAAAGGAAAUAUGACAGUAAUCAUGUCCACAACCCAAUACCAGGAGAAAAUUCAAGAACUUUUGGAUGACCCUAAUUAUACCAUCAUUCCCAACGACCCUACAAAAUCAGUAGAACAAGAAAUUCACACCUUAGCGAAGAAUUUGUUCAAGCUAAAAAGAAUUGACAAAAGUCAAUACCAACACAUUUCCCCUUCCAACUCCAAGAUCCCCAAAUUCUAUGGAUUACCCAAAAUUCAUAAGGAUGGUAUGCCAUUUCGUCCCAUUGUGGAUUUCCGAAAUUCACCCUCGUACAACCUGGCUCAUUUCCUCAACAAGAUACUAAAAUGUGUCACAUCAAAGUUCCCCACGACGCUAAAAAACUCCUACGAGUUUGCAGAUAAAAUCAAGAAUUUUAUUGUCCCACCCAACCAUGAAUUGGUCUCAUUUGACGUCACUUCACUUUUCACCCGUGUUCCAAUACAACAAACCCUGGAUUAUAUCAAGAAACAACUGGACUCCUGUAAUGAUUGGAAAACUGUUACUAAACUAACCUCGGAAGAAGUUAUGAAAUUAAUCAGAGUGACGGUCAACUCCAACUACUUUACAAGGAAUGGAAAAAUAUAUAAGCAAAAUGAGGGGACACCUAUGGGAAGCCCAAUUUCACCCAUCUUUGCAGAAUUUUGCCUACAAGAACUAGAGGAACAAUUAAUCUUAAAUAAUCCAGACAUUCCAUUUUACAAAAGAUUUGUGGAUGACUCUAACGGCUGCAUCAAAAUUGGCAAGAAAGAUAAAAUCCUCCAAUCUCUUAACAGUUUUCACCCCUGUAUCCAGUUUACAUGUGAAACCGAAGAAAAUUGUAAACUACCAUUUUUGGAUGUUCUAAUAUCCAGAGAUGAGGAUGGAGUAAUUCAUAGACAAGUUUAUAGAAAACCGACUCAUACGGGGAGAUACCUCAACUAUAAUUCAUACCACCAUCCAUCCCAAAAGUUGGCCGUGAUAGAUGCCCUCAGUUAUCGAGCUUUGAAAAUAUGCGAUGAUGAAUAUUUAGAAGACGAACUAAAAUCAAUAACAAGCUCUUUAAUUGCAAACGGAUACCCCAAGAACUUGAUCAAAGACAGAAUAGAAAAAAUGAAGACUAAAUUUUCAACCCAACUUACCAGCCAUGCAAAUCAAGACACAGAGGCAAAAUCACCCAGAAUAAUCCUACCGUACAUGGGACCACUUACACACCGAUUAACCGCCUACUUGCGAAAGAAUCUAAACUGCGAGUUUGGAUACUUAACGGCGAAGAAGAUGAAGCAAAUAAUUUGCUCAUACAAAGAAAAUCCGCCCCCAGAUAAAGUGAAACAAGCCGCCCUCUUAAUCAACGAGUAA